GUCGCGGUCUCCUCUUCAUCCUCCUCCGACACUCCCAAAUAUGUCGUUGCCCACCACAUGGUGGGCAACACCUUCCCGUAUACUGUCGACAACUGGGUCGCAGACAUCGAACUCGCAUCUCGCUCCGGUAUCGAUGCCUUCGCUCUCAACAUCGGCUCGGACUCAUGGCAACCCGGGCACGUCGCCGACGCCUACUCGGCAGCCCAAAAGGCCAACACCACCGAACCCUUCAAACUCUUCAUCUCCUUCGACAUGUCCGUCUUGCCGUGCUCAUCUGCGGAUGACGCGGCGACGUUAAGGCAAUACAUUACCACUUACGCGACCCAUCCGAACCAGUUGACGUACGGUAAUCCGCCGAGGGUGUUUGCCAGCACGUUCGCGGGAGAGAGCUGCACGUUCGGCCAGGGAAGCGUGGCGGAUGGGUGGAAGUCACAGUUCACGAGGCAUCCCGACCUGACCGGCCAGAACGCCGUGUACUUUGUUCCGAGCUUCUUCGUCGACCCUGCGACCUUCUCUACCUACGCCGAUGUCAUGGACGGCGACUUCAACUUCAACUCCGGUUGGCCGAUCAGCCUCACGGAUGACACCGCGAACUCUGCCUUGUCUUCGGUCGGCGCAUCGCUCUCAUCACUCGUCAGCGGCGUGGCGAGCGUUGCCACGAACGUCCUCUCCAAGUUCAUCGGGGCAACGGACACAGACACACAGCACCUUAAUGCGUUAGGUACAAUGCCCACUCCGAUUGAUGCUUCGGGUCAGCGCGCAUAUAUGGCAGCUGUGAGCCCCUGGUUCUUCACGCAUUACAGCCCACAAACGUUCAAUAAAAACUUCAUCUACCUCGCCGACUCGCACCUGUACCCUACUCGCUGGGAGAACAUCAUCAAGGAGCGGGACAACAUCGCCCUCGCAGAGGUCGUCACCUGGAACGACUACGGCGAAUCACACUAUCUCGGCCCGAUCGAGGGCGCGCAGCCCAACUCGCAAGCUUGGGUUGACGGCCUGAACCACACAGGCUGGCUCGACAUGACCUCCUAUUACUCCACCGCCUUCAAGACGGGCUCCUACCCCGCCAUCACGGAGGACAAGCUCUACAUGUGGGCGCGCACGCACCCCGCGAACGCCGACGCGCCCGAUCCGGUCGGCAAGCCGUCCAACUUCGCGCUGACCCAGGACACGCUAUGGGCUGUGGUGAUGAUGAGCGCGCCGGGUACGGUCACGCUCGACACCAGCUCGGACGGGAGCGGUGUUAAGAGCUUCGACGUCCCCGCGGGCGUGAGCAAGCUGAGCGUGCCGCUCACAGUUGGCGGAGGGAUGCACGGCACGAUCCAGAGGGCCGGCCAGACCGUCGUCGACGUGAAGCCCGACGGAUACACCUUCCAGCAGAAUAUACAAACAUACAACUACAACGCCUUCGUUAUUCGCAACGCCUGA